CCUUCGCAUUAUUUCACCUAACAAUAGAUGGCAAAUCCUCAGAGAUCUUGAGAACAACAUUGGACUAUUAGAACUUUUGUGGUGGAUCUCGCACAUCUAUCGUAAGCAGCAAGCUCCGGCAAAACAGCCACCAUCAUACCCACGGCUGCGCUCAGCACAUUACGCCCGGCUUCGCGGCACCGCUAAGCACGAUGGGAGCGGUCGAAGAUGCAGUGGAUGCUGCGGCCAACUUCAUCGGCCCGUUUGUCGAUAAGAACCGCAAGUACAGUGCUGACGUGCCUACUGAUACUCUUGUCGAGCAAGCGCUCGUCCACCUCCAGGCCAUCAACACUGCAGACCUAGCCGCAGAUCCAAAUGCACCCUACGAUGCAUCGCUCGCCGGUGUGGUGUACGGUCUCGUAGAUCUCAUCACCAUUAUCGCAGUGAUCCCACGUUUGUCUUCCGGUGUCGCUUUCAGUCAACGGCCAAGGUCAGUGCUGACCGCUGUAAUAUUCACGCCUCCGAAUCACAAUUUGGACGCGUUGGCGGCCGUCAUGGAAGCUUUUCUGCCUAUGAUGGAGCAGAAGGGCUCGGGUGUACAGCCACUUUUGUCCCAGAGAAUCCUCCCCGACAUCAUAUCUGCCGUGGCUGAGCUAUCAUACUCUCCUACGUCGUCUGAGACAGCGAAGUCCAGGUAUUCGAAGAUAUACGAGCACAUCAUGAGAGACACCCCAACAUCUCGACUUCUCCCUAUCUUGACUACGUUCCUCCAGCAGCCUCUUCCUGUCUGGCUCAAACCUGCCAUAUCCUCAGAGCUCUCAUCGGUGCCCAUUCGAGCCCAAGGCGUUCGCCAUAUCAUCGAGUUCCUUUCGCUGUCAUACUUAUCGAAGAACUCUCACGUUCCUCAGAGCGCGUCAGGCCCACAAUCGCAGAUACCAAUUCCACUAGAGGCUGUCUCGCAAGCUUCAAAGCUACUAGCCUUGCCACCGAGCGGCAUCAGCCAGGAUGAAUGGCUGGUAAAGAUAUCUCCUCAGCUAUUGCAUCUCCUAGAUGGUAGCGAGGGUAAAGAGCUGAGUCGCGCUGCAGGACAGAUCAUUGCCGGUGGCAUUCUGAGUAAGAAGACGACUGGCGCACCGGGAACCGUGGGAUGGGACACCUUUGCGAAGCCCCUGUUCCAAGCAAUCCACCCAAAAAAUACGAGCCCAUCGAGAUCUGAGUAUGCCAUCGUGAAGGAAGGGGAGCUCAAGACGGCGCUGAGACGACUGAAGACUAUUCUUUCAUCAUAUUCUCACGGCGGACUGAUUCGACGUCUCAUUCAUCCCAUCAUACUUCCUCUCUGGACGUUGCUCAACUAUGCGAAAGACAGGCCUUCCCUGGACAAGGAAUGGAGCAUGCUUCCAAGCCUCAUUUUGUCGCGAUACAUGGAGGUUGCCUGCGAUACGAAGCAGAUUGACAAUGUUGCGACCAACAUCUUCUGGGAGGGCGAUGCUACCUGGACGUUCGGUCCUGGAUCUCAAGGCGGUGUCGAAAUUCGCACUCGCACGACAGACAAGACUGGAGGAAUAGGAACGAUGGAAGGUAUAUUCGGGCGCAUCAGCGACUUGGACAAUAGAGUUGGUGUUCUCAUUACCCUUUUGACGGAAGCCAAAGUUUCCGACGACACAGCUGGGUCCAUUUUCGUGAACGCCACAAAGCGGUGGCUCGUACCAGAGAAACCUGCGACGAAAACGCUCAUCGACGACGAUUCCGACGCCGACCCUCUUUCUGCGCUUGUCGAUGCGAAGUUAUCGGAAGCUUUAGCGCAGCGUUUCCAGAAGCACUUUGCCAGAAGUCCACAGCAUAUAAUUGAUCUCGUCGCACAGCUGAUCCAGAACCAUGUGAGCGAGCACAAAGCUCGAAAAGAUAAGUCAGACAAACUGCGUACAUCGAAGAGGGCAAUGCUGGACGACAUUGUACGGAAACAAGACAUGACAAAGGAGAAUGAAGAGGGUGAGGCCAGAGAUGAAGACUUGGUGUCAUUCGCAUUAAGUAUCCUUAACACACUGCUUGCAUCGUCGGACCUCAAGAAAACACCUACUGUCAUCGAGACGCUACAUGCACUUCUUCCAUCGCUAGCAUACCUUUCGCAGUCACAGUCAUCCACAUCGUCUGUAAUAAGCAACUCCGCCACCACGGCUCUCCAUCUUAUCGCUCCCACCACGACAACGCCGUCGUCGACAGGGAAAUCAACAAUUGACCCACUGAACGAACAUCGCAAAACCUUGAAGACUUGCUUCGCUGAGCUGCAAUCACCCGAUCCCCCAAACCGAACAUGGGCCUUGAACACUGUGCACAAGCUUCUUAGAAACCCUAUCGCGUUUCCGGCUAUCGACAUACCAUCUCUCACGCACACGCUCUUGUCAGCUUCACUGGCAGAUCCAGAGUCUUACGUUCACUUGGCCGCCAUACCCGUACUCGUCACUUUGGCCAUACGCGCCCCAAAGCCCGUGGUCGGCAUAAUAGUCGACGCGUUCAUCGACAUCGACGAGCGAUCACUAAAGCUAGCGCGAGGGAGGCACACAGACGAGAAAGAGAGGGAGUUGAGGGAUGCUUUAGACUUUAGGCUACGGGUCGGAGAAGUUCUGAACAACUUUGUCGUGGAAGACAACUUUUGGGCUUCGCCUGAGCAUGGCGCGGUACUGCAUCGGUGCACAAAGCAGAUCACGGAAGCUUGUCUUUCGUUGGCGAGUCGGCGUGGUCAACGUACGCAGACAUUGUCAGCACGAAACGAACUCGCGGAUAGCGAACGAAAGCUUCGAGAUGAAGGCGAGGCUGCCUGGGGCGGACCGAUACCUAAUGUUCUCGAGCCCGAGGGCGCAGACCCGCAAGAACAAGCGGAGUACGAAAUGCUGCAGAAGAUUGUCGGUGGAUGGGAGGAUACUGGCAUCGAGGAAGACGUCCGUAUACGUGCUUCUGCGCUCAGCGUGCUGUCUACUGUCAUGGAACACCGAUUGGACGUUCUGCGUCAGCCUGUUGUUGAUGCGACGUUGCAGAUGGUGUUAUUAGUUCUUGCUAUGGAAAGAGAAGACUCGAAGGCGUUGUUGCGUCGCUCGGCCGUGCUUGUCAUAAUGGGCCUGCUGCGCGCCAUUGACGCAAGGAUCGAGAGUGGACAGGAAAGUGUGGUGGGUCUGAACUUGAAGCAGCAGGAAGAGGUCGAGCGAGUGGUGAAGUGGGUUAGGGAUGAAGACACAGACGAGCUCGUAAGAGACCAUGCGACAAAUGUCGUGGAGGGUCUCGAAACGAUGAGGAUGAAGAAGCUGUAUAAGAUCAGAGAUGAAGGCCUGAGGCUAGGACCAGAUCUUGGGCUAGAAGGAAAUCUCCGAGGGCUCGACGUCCAGCCUCAGACUGGUAAUGGGGAGGGUAAGACGAGGAUGAUCAUAGAGGAGAUCGAAUAGCUGGCAGCUUGAAUAGUUGUAACAUUGUAGCGCCUCACAACCGAAGCGUGGU